AUGGGCCGCGGUCAGAAAUGGCAGGGAGAAUGGCAGCAAGGCUCUGCUGCGUCCUGGUGGCAGGAUGGACAGUACUGGGCCCGACAGAGCAAGCCCAGGAACCAGCAGGGACGACAUGGAACCGAGUCGCAACAAGGCCCCGUCUUCCCCACCUUCGACAUGAUGCCGGUCCAAGAUGGCAGACAGGACAGGCCGCAGGCAACUGCCAGUACGGGACAAGCAGAGCAGAGCAACGGUGGACUCCUACACUCAGUGCAGAGAGCAAUCAAUGCGGUGAGAAAGAUCGAGACAAAGAACCGCAAGACCGAGCAGGAGCUCGAGGCCACCAAGGAAAAAUGGGAGACCUUCCAGAAAGGUCUCAAACAGACCUUCAUCCAAGAGCGUACCAAGUACCUGGAGAAGAAGGCCAAAUUGGUGGCGGAGAAGCAGGAGCAAGAAGCGGCUCAGGCAGAGGCACUGGCAGAGCUGAAGGAGGCCUUUGCGAAUCCCAAGAGAAAGGCUGGCCGGAAGCCAGAGAUCGACGAGGAUGCCCUGCAAGAAUGGGAAGCACUGAUGCAAGAAGCGGGCAACAGUGGAGGCGGAGUCGCGGACAGGCUCCUCAGGGCCCUCGAGGACAAGGAGCAGCUGACCGAUAUGACGAAGACCAAGAUCAUGGAGAUUAUUACGGGGAACCGAAAGAGCGAGGAGGAGUUCACCCCACCCCGCCGCAGUACAGCCGCCCCCCGGCGAACCCCCCCCCCGGUGGAGAGACCAGAGAGAAGGACCUCGGACGAGAAGCCAUCAUACAACGAUGUGAGCAGCCCGGGGCCACCAGAUCCAUACCAAACCUCGCCAGCCGGUGGGGCCCGGCCAUCACUGCCGAGAUCUACAAGGACGACCAGCCGGCCCAGACACACGUCGCGAAUGCCAAUCAAGGCCCUCGGGAGAAUGCCGCUACCACGACCCAAACAGGGCUCCUCCCUUGCCGACAAGCUCAGCGACCGCCGCAAAACCGAGGCCGACAAGAUGGGAGUGGUCUUGGAUUCAGACGAGGAAGACGAGGAGAUGGCAGUGGGCGACCUGACCAGGCCUCCGGGAGAAGUGAAGCAGGGGAGUCCUCAUGGAAUCGACCUUUUCGGCCUGGUCGAGGCCAAGGACGGAAUUUUGGGCUAUGAGAUUGUGAGGUCGGAGACGAACGGCGGCAGGGGUUGUUCGAGACGACACCCCGCGCACAGAGGCUGCUACGACAUCUUCGACUUCCUUGAGAUCCUCCAGCAGUGGGGAGGCAUACAAUGGAAAUAUCACCUGUGGUGGUUGGUCCAGAUGUGCCAAGGCUGGAUUUUGUCAAUGAUGGCGGUUCAAUUGAUGUCAUACAUUUGCUUUGUGUGUGGCUAUGGUGGCAGAGGGAGAAAGCGCAAUAAACUCUAUGGCCAAGUUUGCGGUGCAUGGGCUGUUGUUGUCGUUACUGGUGCUUGUGGAGCAAGGGGUAUGCCCAUGGCGCCAAACUACAACCAACGGAUUGUGCCAACUACAGACCUUGAAUUCUGGGCAGCCGGGCAAAGAAGCCUGGCGGAACAGCUCGAAAACCAGCGGGCCAGGUGGGCAAUGGAUGCCCCCUUGGAACAUAAUGCUGGAGAGGCUAGACUGCCAACGUUUCAUGUGGACCCACCAGGGACGCUGCCUAUGCGAACUGAUCUGGAACCAAUGUUGGCCACCGAGGUGCAUAUCAGCAUAUGGGUGCUGGCGCCAUACUCUGAGGCCGAAAUGAUUGACAUCGAAGUAAACUUCCCGGUGAACCAGGACGUCCUCGUCGAGGCGAUCAAGACCUCGGCGGGCAUCAUACCGGACUACAUGGACGAGCUGAUUGCCACCACCCUGCAGAUCAACGACAACUAUGCCAGCUACCUAGCCACUCCAGGGUGGUUGAAGCAAACUGACCGCACUGCAUUGGUGAUGGACACCAGAGCGGUAGGGGGAACAGUUUACGGAUUCUAUGCCAAUACCACUUUGACGAAGGAGGCUGUGCUUCAAAACAUCAUCGAUGUGGAUGUUGAUGAUGUAAAUAUCUUUGCCUUUGGCAGCACGUCCAGGCUCCGAUCAGCCAACCCAAUCGAGGCAAAGCCGGGAGGUGUGGUUCAAAUUCGGCGCAAAGGAGAUGAGUGUGAAUGGUCGGACAGAUUGGAAUCCCGGCUUCUCUUUCCGCAACGAUGGAACCCCGCCGUUGACCCGCCGCCCCCACGAGAAGGCCUGCAUGCCAUCUACCAGUCGCAGGAUGACCAAGCGGUGCAGGAAAUCUGCUCGGACGACGAGCAGUCUAUUGAGGCAACUGCAGCUGAAGCGUUGGAGCUGCCCACAACGGAUCAUUGGGUCACUAUACCGGAGACGAAGUUCUUCCGCCUGGCCCACGCUGGCAAGCGCAUAUGGGAGCAAUAUGCUGUCCUAGAAGGCGAACCCCCUGAAGAGACAGAGCGGGCCGUCAUCUUCCUGGACCUCCGCGGGCUCACGCAUUUCCCACAAUGGAUGCAGGCCCCGACAAAGCUAUUCAACCCGGCGGAUUAUGUGCAGGGACUACAGCUUCCGCGGCUUCGUGGAUGGACCCUGAUUGUGGAGGGUGGCGAGCCAAUCGAGGACACUGGCAAGAUCAGUGUACGAUCGGGUGAGGUUCUCACCCUAUAUCUACGAAGAACAGCGGGGGACGAGGAUUCCAUGGAAGUCGAUGACGAGAGCAGUGACAGCAGCUCUGGAGAUAGUGGUGACGAUAGCGACCCGGACAGCUACGACCUUGACGCGGAGGAGACAGACGGCGAGCCACUACCACCGAGGACAGGCAACAGUCCAAGGAGAGGGCCGCCCCCACCGCAACCAGUGAAUCGGAGCAGGUCGCCGAGAAGACGAGAUGGUACCAACCAUCCGACGGCCCCACAGGAGAAGCGAACAUUGGCCCUUGAUGAUCAUUUGGGCACCCCAGAGUAUGACUUGACCCGCAUGUCACUCCGAAUGCCACACGCGGGUGACGCAGUGAGGCCAAUUGUGACGCCGUGGAGUCUUGAUUGGCUGUGGUAUGACCUUGGCAAGAUCGAGCUACAUCCAGCUGCCAAGGAGGCCGUGGAACAGGCAGGCAGUUGGAAAGACUUGCUGCUACAAUGGACCGGAGAGCCCAUUGAUUUCCACUUAUACACCGAUGGAUCUGCGAAGGACUCGGGCAAUGCCAGUGGAUACAGUGUUGUGAUCCUGAUGAAGGUGGGAGCAGCAAUCGCGCUGCUCAGUGUCCUGGGAGAGCAGGUCCUAGGAAACGCUGACACCAUGUGGCCAUGUAGCGGGGCUGCCGUCAUUGAUGCGGAGCAGAUUGCGGUGUCAGUCGCUAUCUUAUGGGCCAUACAGAUGAGGGCGACUAUACCACAAGUACGGUGUACGGUGCUCUUUGACUGCCUUGCGGCUGGAUAUGGAGCAUCAGGAGAAUGGAGCACAUCAAGUGCUUUGGGCGACAGGAUGAGGAAUCUCGACCUCAUGGCCCAAGGCAUAGAGGGAUUGUGCAUUGAGUAUGAACAUGUCAAGGCCCACUCUGGAUGCGGAUGGAAUGAGGCAGCGGACUGUGUGGCCAAGGCUGUCACGAGUGACAUACAAUGCGCUGCCACCCCACCGCAACGAGUCGUCCAAGCCUUCCUGAAUGUGGACCUUGGUUGGGCAGGAUUCGGCCUCCGAGCUGCAGUGGAUGGAUCUGUACCCUUUGAAGGGGCAGCUGUUGCAUGGAGUGACGAACCUUUCCGGCCUUUCCAGAUUGGGGUGGACCAGCUGAUUCCGACUGUGACGACAUCCCCAAUGGAUAACAGCGAACAUCAUGAGGACCAACCCUUCCACCUGAAAGCUUGCACCAUCAACAUUCAAGGGAUCGCGGGCAACUUCAGGUACAUCGAGGAGCAGCUUGACAAGAUGGACAUGAACAUUGUGUUUGUCCAGGAAACCAAAUCCAGAGGUGGACAAUGCAAAAGCAAGUACUACUACAGGUUGGCGACCGACGCAUGCAAGCAUUUUGGCGUGGCUAUCUGGUUCCAUGCCUCUAAGGGUGCAUUGGUCAUCGAUGAUGUUCCACAAUGUAUCCGAGAGGAAGACAUCGAGCCGACCAACGGAAAGGGAUCAUUUCCUGACAACCUUUCCGGACUUAUCAAGAGAACAAAGGCCGCACAGAUCCUCUUGUGCGGCAUUGACCUGAAUGGCCGGGUCCCCAACGAAUAUGACAUGGUUACUGGGGAUUUGGUUUGUGAUGAGCCAGAUCAGACAGGAAGAUCCUUUGUUGACAUCCUGGCCACGGCUGGGGUAUGGAUCCCAUCUACAUACCGCGAUCUUCACAAAGGUGAUCCCUACACGUACUGUCACCCAUCAGGUGCUGAAAGCCGUAUAGACUACCUCCUCGUUGGUGGAAAGGCGGUGGUUAAUGGGGCAUGCAGCGAAGUUAUACCUGAGUUUGACAACGGGAGCCCUAACAUUGAUCAUCGCUUGGCUGCGGUUAUGUUGGCGGGAACAAUGCAGGCGAACCAUGGAAGGCGACGACUAUGGCGUCCUACAUUCGACCUGGGCAAGAUGGCCACCGAGGAAGGCAAGGCCAUUCUCAGCAAAGCAUGCGCGACAUUCAAGCAGCCAGAAUGGGAUGUUCACCCUGAUGAACACUGCCAGAUGCUACAGGACCACCUGCUAUGCUGGCUGCAAACCUAUUUCGCGACUGAUCCAGGAGGCGGGCGUGCCUCCUAUAUCCCGGCUGCGGUGUGGCAGCUGAGAGACAGCAAGAACAGAUUGAAGAGGAUUACACGCCACCGCAAAAUCCGAUGGAUGAGCUUUCGACAACCAGUCAUGCAACGAUGGAAGGCGAACUACGCGGAUGACUUUGAGAUCAAAGUAGCCAAGCAGUGCCUUCUAUAUGAAGUCGCGGCAGCUGCUAUUGCGGUCGCCACGAAGAAGAUCAAAACAAUGAUUGCGACGGCAAAGGAUGCCUUCCUACGGAAUGUUGCGACAGAAGGCCACCAAAGUGUCUCUGCUGUAUUGCAGAGAGCCCGAAGGGCAGGCAUUGGUGGAAGGAAUAAAAAGCCUGUCAGCAGGCCUUUGCCCAAGCUGAUUGACCCGAACAAUGGUGAGGUGGCCAGAUCAGCGGGUGAUCGCGACAACAUAUGGCUCCACUUCUUUGGUGAGCAGGAGCAAGGCGACAUUGUGCCAACUGGCCAGUUCAUUGAAGAGGCGAGCCAAUGGAAGGAGCAGAGUCCUGAGGAGUGGGAGUGGAAUCUACUCCCAAGCGCCCUUGAAAUCGAGAAGAUUUUCCGCAGAACCCCGAAGGGCAAGGCACCGGGAUUAGAUGGCAUACCAAGUGAUGUGCUAUCGCUAUCCCCGUGCGCUGCGGCGCAAAUGAUCCAGCCCCUCUACUUCAAGGCGAUCAUCAAAGGACGUCAGCCCCUUCAAUGGCGGGGCGGGAUCCUCUAUGAGGCCUACAAGAAUGCUGGACCCACGUGUGAUACAUCCAGCCACAGAUCCUUGUACAUCUCCAGUUUUCUGGGGAAGUCCCUGCAUAAGCUCAUGCGGGGCAAGGUGCAGAACGAAGUCCAAACAUUCCUUCAUCCGCUUCAUUGUGGCUCCAAACAACACACGCCGAUCCUCUUCCCAUCGCUCUUUGUUGUCGAGCACCUCCGCAGAUGUCGGCAGCAGGGAAAGAGCGCAGCAAUCUUAUUCAUAGAUUGCCGAGCUGCCUAUUAUAGGCUUGUCAGAGAGUUGGCAGUGGGAGACAUACGAGCGGACCGCACAGUUGAGCGGCUCUUUGCUGCCUUUGGACUGGACGGAGCUGAUAUUGGGGAACUACGUGACCUCAUCGCUGACGGAGGCAUGUUCAGAGUGGCAGAAAUGCCGCCACAGGUAUGUGCUGUGGUCCAGGACUUUCACCGACACACCUGGGCAACCACUCGAUUCACUGAUGGCAACCAGGUCUGCACAUCCAAGGCAGGAUCACGCCCUGGAGCUUCAUGGGCGGACACCCUGUUUGCAUUUAUAUAUGCAAAGAUCCUCUACAAGGUCCACGAAAUCAUGGAAGGCGAGGAAGUGAACUUCAGCUUACCAUGGGACAGUACAAGUGGCCCUUUUGCCACUAACCUGCAGGAUGAGCCGCAGCCUGCAUGGGACACCACUUGGGCAGACGAUACUGCCUGGGCGAUCGAGGGGAACAGUGCUGAAGAGCUUUUGUCCAGAACCGCCAGGAUAAGCUCAGUUGUGAUUUCUCUUUUCCGGUCGCAUGGAUUGGCCCCAAACUUGAAAAGGGACAAGACCAGCAUUAUCAUGAGACUUGUUGGAGCGGGUGCCACCAAAGUUCGGAAGAAAUACUUUUCCAGUGGAAAGCCAGAGUUGUAUCUGCCAGACCUCCAGGAGGCUAUCCCGGUCGUAAAGAUCUACAAGCAUCUGGGAGCAAUGAUUGACCCGGCGACCAACUUUGGCAAUGAGGUGAAGUACCGGACGGCGUUGGCCAGUGCUGCUUACAACAGUGCAAAAGAUUUGCUGCUCAACAACCGUGACCUGAAGCUGGAGACACGCACCUCCAUCUUUCAGUGUGUCGUUGUCUCCACCUAUUUCAACCUCCCCCUGUGGAUUGCGGAGGGACGCGAAUGGGAAAAGAUGAGCAGUGCAUUCUCCAGAAUUGUCAGACGGCUAUUGGCGAAGGAGAUCGACGGCCCGACCUUGUUCCGGGCCCCUCUUCCGCUUAUCCACUGGGCGACGGGAUGCUGGACACUUGACCUUUUCGCCCGACGCGGGCGGAUGUCGGCAUUGAUCUCGCUGGCCAAAGCAGCACCUGAUGUCCUUUGGGCGAUGCUACAGAACGAGGGCACAUGGAACCAUCAACUCUGUAGGGACCUCAGUUGGUUCGUUUCUGAGGAAGAGCGACAAUGGCCACAGGCAAAUGCAGCGAGCUGGCCACAUUGGUGCCAUGUUUUGCGGGAGUCGGCGGAUCGUAUCAAGAGACGAGUCCGCCGACUCAAUCAUAUGGACUUCCUGAAGUACCAAACCAAGGAGGCGGUGUCCAUCAGCCUCUGGUCCCUUUACCGAACGAUCGCCUGCCCAAGUACCGGGAAUCAGCACUGCCGCUUCCGUUGCUUCAUGUGUGAGUGCGAUUUCAAAAGCAAAGCAGGCCUCGGUGCUCACUUCUACAAAACACAUGGCAGAGUAGCAGAGUACCGUAAGUGCGUGGUGGGAACUUACUGUUCAGCAUGCCAGACAGAGUACUGGACACAGGGCCGUCUUGAAGAUCACCUGCGGGCUUCGGUGAGAUGCUCCCGUGUUCUAUUGUCACUGGGCAACUUUACAGAUGAGAUCCCUGCAGGCUACGGAAGCAAGCGCCGGCGGCAACGGGAAACGGACAACUUCACGCCAGCCCCGCCGAGACGAGAUGGCGAAUUGGCAGGGGAGGUGUUGGAGCAGGCAUGGACCCAAGAGCAGAAGGACCUUCAUAGGUCCUUAUGUGCCUUCGUGCAGGAGGCGGAAGAAGCUACGGAAGAGGAUAUCGUGGCUGCUACUGAUGCGGAGGUCAGGAAGUACCCACUUUACAGUACGGAACUCAGGGAAGUCUUGCAAGCGAUUGCCAGCGAGGCGACGGCGCUGCAAGAUGAUGACGACAUUCGGCCAUGGAGCGGGCAACAGUUCCGACGAAUUUUGUCAGCCCUGGAAACAGUCAGAGCGAGGAUCGAAGGGAGCGAGGCCGCCGACAAACAGGAGGCUGAGGAACUCCAGACGAGAAGCUCUUUCGAGAAGGUGGUCAAGGACUACGAUUGGACAGAAGCGAUCGAAAGUUUCCUUGCAGACAACGGGACCCAGAGUAGUUCGCUGUACAUUCUGAAGGAGGGCUGGGAAGCUAUGUGGCCCCCGAACAGAGGCGAACGACUUAGCAUAGCCGUGGUCAAAGACCCCCUCCAGUUGCUCCCGACUGAACUCCGCUCGCUUUGGUCCGAUCUCCUUAAAGGG